AUGGUCCGAAACAUCGUGGUCAUUGGUGGCACGUCCCACCCGCAACUGACUCAGACUAUUUGCGGCGUUCUGGGCAUCCCUCCUGCCGAUGUCCUGCUUUCGAAAUUCGCCGUGGGCGAAACCCGAGUUGAGAUCAAAGAAUCUGUCCGUGAAAAGGAUGUCUAUAUCAUACAAUCUGGUGGCGGGAAAGUGAACGACCACCUCUUGGAACUGUUGAUUACCAUCUCGGCUUGCAAGACGGCCUCCGCGAAGAGAGUCACUGCUGUUCUGCCCCUAUUUCCGUAUUCCCGUCAGAGUGAUAUCCCCUACAACAAGGCCGGGGCGCCUCUGGUAAAGUCAUCGGUUAGUGGAAAGCCGGGUUCAGCCGGUGGCUAUACCUUCGAAAGCACCCCCUCAACCCCGCAUCCCGGAAAGCCCGAGAGUGGGAGCCUCCUCAACAGCGUUGACAACCUGCAGAAGGGUCUUGCAAAGGCGCAGUUGGAUGAGCUUAACAAUGGCAGUCCCGUCAAGAAACGCUCAUCCAAUGGGCUCCCUCGCAGCGACACAAUCGAUUCGAUGAAGUCCAUUCUCGCCAAUGGAAAUGUCUCUGACGACAGCGCGGUCAAGAUCAACAACUUCCAACCCCGUCCUGGUUACAAACAAUGGGUAGCUCAGGCCGGUACCUUAGUGGCCGACUUGCUCACCUGUGCGGGUGCAGACCACAUCAUCACGAUGGAUCUGCAUGAUCCUCAGUACCAAGGCUUCUUCGAUAUCCCGGUUGACAAUUUGUACGGACGACCUCUCCUCAAGAGCUACAUCCAGCGCAAUAUCCCCAACUAUAAGGGUACAGUGAUUGUCAGUCCCGAUGCCGGUGGUGCCAAGCGAGCCACGGCCAUUGCCGAUUCUAUGGGCAUGGAGUUUGCUCUAAUUCACAAGGAACGACGCCCUACGCGAAUCACGGAACGUCAAAACGCCACGAUGAUGUUGGUUGGAGACGUGAAGGACCGCACAACGAUUCUCAUCGAUGACCUUGCGGACACGUCGAAUACCAUCACUAGGGCCGCGAAGCUUUUGAAGAAAGAGGGCGCUGCCCAAGUCUAUGCACUGGUCACGCACGGAAUCCUGAGUGGGGAUGCAAUUGACCGCAUCAACGCCAGCGCUCUCGACAAGGUCGUAGUCACCAACAGUGUGGACCAAGCAGAUCACCUACGACGAUGCCCCAAACUGGAAGUUUUGGAAGUUGGUCAUGUCUUUGCAGAGGCCAUCCGCCGAGUCCAUCAUGGAGAAAGUAUCAGCGUUCUCUUCCAGUACGACUGA